AUGGCUUGGUCUUUGGAUUUAUCCUUCUGGAUUUUGCACACUUUUUCAAGAGAUCAGCAGGUUGUGGACUUUAAGAAAGUGGAUGCCCAUGUUCACCAGUUCAAAGGCAGCAGUGCUAGCAUUGGUGCCCAAAGGGUUAAAAAUGUCUGCAUGGCCUUCCGCAAUUACUGCGAGGAAAUGGACCAUGAAGGAUGCCUCACAUGUCUCCAGCAACUUAAGCAGGAGUAUUUUCUGGUGAAGAACAAGUUGGAAACUUUAUUUAAGCUGGAGCAGCAGAUUGUGGCUGCUGGUGGAUCAAUCCCCAUGAUGUGGUAGUUCUACUUGCUGAGUGUCUUGUUAAGAGGUGGUGGUAGGAAGUGACGUUCAGGUUCUUUGUUCCUUACCAUAUGCUAUGUGCUUUCUUUGUUGUUCUCCUGUUUCACUUGUCCCACUCAUGG